AGUCAUUUUUGAAUUGGAGAAGGAUAUUGCAAAACAUCGCUUCCCUAAAAUAUUUAGUACUAUAAUAAUAUUACUAUAUUAUGUUGGUAGGUACUAACUUGCUGAUUUUUUUUUGUUUUUGUUUUACAACAGACACGAUCCGGAACUGAGUGCGUGUGAGCAAAUGGAUGCCGUUUUCACAACAAAUCCACCAGACAUAUUAAUUUAUAUGAGUUGUCGGAAUCAGGAUUUAAGCCAUAUACACAAUGGAUUGACUUUAGAAUCCAUGGAACAAGAUCAUCUCACGCAAACGCUACAUCUGAACGACGUGGAAUACAACCACAGGCGAGUACAUUGGUACUAUAAGUCGUUUGUAAACCAGAAGAUAAUUGAACUGGAUGUGAAGGAUUACGAAAAUUAUUCGCUGAAGGUAAUUGACGAAAAAGUCAAGCAGUUCGAUCCAGCACGCGUGAUAACCUUGGACGGCAGAAAACCAGUGGACGAAUUGAUGGAAACGAUUAAAGCAAAAUUGAUGACGAUGUCACUGCAAUACACAGUGUUACCGAAAAUCGUGAAUUUCCAGGAUAAAUCAAUUUCGUCCGAAGACUACGCUUAUGACGGUACCGAGUUAUUAUUCGAAGCGGAAUCGACCGAGGCUGAAACUGUGGCCAAUAAUGAUGAGGAGCGAGCGAGCGAUACGAUGUCCCAAUUACGCGAUGAACAUUUACAACGCAUCAAUGAUCGUAACGAGCAAAUACGUGUAAUGUCUGAAUUCGGUCGUCUGUGCCCCGUGAACUAUUUCAACGGUCGAUUCAUAAUGGGCAGCGACCGUCAUUGUAUGAAGUUUAUGGGAAAAUCGUACUACUUUGCCGGACCCGACGAAAUGAAAUCGUUCGGUAAAUGCCCGAAACAAUUUUUGCGAAUCCCAGGAUGCCGAUUACCGAUUAGAGCCAUGUUCUACGGUCCACAGACUUUGACGAAUCCGGCUGCAAAGGCUGUACGUAAGUUCUUUGGUUAUAACCUGAUAGACGUUGGACACUUGACACAGAUACACGAAAAAGACACAAGACACGCGUAUUCGACUGCGAUCGUCGGUUCUAUACUUAAAACCGUACGAGAGAUCAUAAGACCGAAAGAAAUUCGACCUAAUGACAUCAGCACUAUGCGAAACGCAAUUGCUGAUUGGACACGUCUGCGGUUUGAUUUUACCAUUCAAUCUGAUUUAAACGGCAUGGAAGACGAAGAAAGUGAAUACGAAAUGUAUGAAGAAUUUUCACAUCAAAAAAAACAAAACAUGAACGAAUUUUUCAAAAAAAGGCAAUUAAUGCGACUAAAAAACUACUUUGAAUCAUAUGACAUAGACUUUUUAGAUGAUUUAUAUGAAUGCAUUCGUGUUUACGAUGAACCAGAAAGCCUAACAAAAUAUUUCCAAAAUAUGUCAAAAAAAAAUAGAAAGAUUUUUAGGUCCAACUUUAUUAACACAAAAAAAAAUAUUCAACCUGAUUUAAUAAAUGUUGUUGUUGAUACUGUACAAAUAAAAAACCAGCAAAACAUAAAUUGGAUUAUAGUUAACGCACCAUUAGAUUUUGUAUUGGUGAAAAAAUUAAUCGAUGAAGGUCUUAAGCCAAUCCAGAUGGUAUUUUUUCAUGACUCUGAUCCAAUGCAUAACGUAUUACUAUUGAAUGACGAAAUAUCCAAUAAUUAUCGAAAUAACUAUGAGAAGAUUUUGGAAAAUGUGCAAAAUGGUAAGAGAUAUGGAACAGCAGUUGAAAGAAUAAAAUAUCCAGAAUUUGUCAAAAAAACUGAAAACUCGUUAGAUAUUUCUAUAAUAGAAGAUGAGUUUUUUGAAGACGAAGUUGAAACUGCAGAAUAUGAGGAAAACGUGGUGUUUAACGUUAAUUACAUAAGUCACGAUCAUUUAAUGGAAAUAAUCGUUCCAGAAAUAUCCGAGCGAUUAAAUCAAUAUACAGAAAAUCUUCUCGUAGAAUGGCAAACUUUAAAACACCAAAUUUCUAAAGAAACAGACCAGACAAUGAAUUUUAAUAUUAUAGUAUGCAAACCCAACUCUACGACAAAUUUGAUGAGAUUAUUAAUCGAAGACACUUUAUACUACAUAAAGAAGUUUUUGACAGACAAUGUUUAUGACGUAUCCACAUCAGAUAUCGAGGACGCUAUACCUACUAAAGGAAAGUAUGAUGGUGACACUUCCAUUUAUUGCCCCGUUAGGUUUGCAAAAGGCAAACUCUCUAUUGGAUCUAAAAAUCAUAUGGCAGUUUAUCAUAAUAGGUAUUAUUUCAUGAGCUCGUCCAACGAUUUCAAAGAUUUUAUUUCUAAUCCUAAUAAAUAUACAUUGUUUACUAGUAUCCCAAAAAUGUACCCUAAACCCAAGAUAUCUUUACUUUUUUCAUUUGGUCUCAGUUCAGUAGAUUUUAUCAACAAAAUAUUAGGUACAUUUGAUUUAACCCUUGUAGACUCGUAUAAAGUUUUUAAACAAAAUGUUUUGCCAAAAAAUAUGCCGAUGGUGGGUAAAAUGUAUGAAGAACCGACGCUCAGGGAGAUUUUGGAUAAAUAUUUUAUUCCUGAAAAUCAAAAGGAUAAUAUUAACAGUCUGAGAAAGUAUAUGGAUAGAGAAAGUGCUUACUUAAAGGACGAGGACUGGUUAAAAAUGAAUUCGAUAUUUUUUCAAGCUAAUGAAGGAAUAUGUUAUACAAACUACCCUAAAAAUUUGACGGAAUUGAAGUAUUUAAAAGAAAAUGAAAUAAAUCCUGAUAUUAUUAUUGAAGUAAAUCCUGAAAGAAACGUUGCAAAAGAACAUGCCACCGCAUCAGUCAUUCAAAAUUGGUUAACUUACCAAUAUAUAUUGAUCGACAAGAUCAUUGCGCGGGAUAAUAAGACAAGGCGAGAUUCUGUUAAUAACAGAUCGAUAUUCUUUAAACAAAAACUAUCGGAGUUAGUCAAACAAAAAGAAAUCGACAGACUUAAAAUUCGUUUAGAGCGUAUAAUCAAAAUGAUUGCCGUGGAAACAACGAUAGAUGGACCGAAUGAAGUAAAAUACAUAUGUGACAAGGAGAAUCAACAAUCGGAUAAGUCUUUCAGCAAGUCUCCACUAACCACCACAGCGGAUUUAUUAACCAGAUACUCUGAACUCACGUUGAAACAGAAAAAAAUCAUCAUUGACCGUGGAUUGGACGUCAACGAUUUCAUUGAUUUAGAUGAUUUUGAUACAUUGGACGAAAUCGACGAAAUGAUCAACAACGAAUUCCCCGACGACAAUUACAUGAUAUCCCAAUGUUUUUCGGAUGGCUUUGCAUUCCCAUCGAACGCCAUGAUCGAUCAAUACCUGGACAUGGAGAAGGGUGCACUGUCGGAUAUGCGAGAAUUUGCCGAAACUUCCAACAUCCCGUGGAUAACAGUGUCGGGUCCGGACUCCCAGUCGGCCGCGAUGAGCAAAAUCACUGAGGUUUUGGGGACGAACACCGACGCGCCUUUUGAAUCGACGUACGAAGUGGAUCUGGAAACCGCUGAGGACAUGUUACGCGCCGGCGAAGUGCACCUGAGCCAGUUCGGACGGUGGUGCCCGGUGCAGGCGUUCCGAGAGGGUUCAGCCGACCACCCAAGCGUCAGACAGUUCUGUCAAGACUUAGCGGACGGCCACGUCAACCCAGUCGUUCACCGCAAGUAUGUGUAUUACGUAGCCGGUGGCCCAGAGAACAGGGACGAGUUCACACGGCAGCCUCUGAAAUACGUGCUCGGACAGUCCGGGAUGCCACCGUCGCCGUCGAGUUUCCCGCUAAAGAUUGCGGUGGUCGGGCCGCCCGGAAGCGGGAAAUCGCGUUGCGCUCAAGAGCUGUGCUUCCGGUUCGGGCUACAGCUAAUCCGAAUCGAGGACGCCAUCAACGCGUACCUGAAGGAGUACCAGUGGACGGACGUGGCGAAAGCAGCCAUAGGUACGCUGCGACGGGGCGACGCGUUGUCCGAGGAAACGCUGGCGGAAGUUGUGACCACGGCCACGUUUGGCGGCCGAGCCACUACGUGGGGCUACGUGAUCGACGGGUACCCUGUGACCGAGAAGCAGUUCAAGCUGUUGGACGGCACCGGUGUCAUGCUGCACGCGGUUUUCGUUCUGCAGAAGGAAUGUAGGCCGGAAGGAAGUCUCGACGACGACACGGCAUUGUUGCGGCUCAGACGCGGCGCUUGGAGAGAGGUUUUUCCCGGUCUACUAUGGAUAUCAGCCCGGUACGGGAAUGCUACCGGUUUCGCAGCCACCGACACUGAUGGGAUGGCCGCGGCCGCGUCCGCGUGUGUCCGGUCGGUGCUCGCGUACCGAACGGACGUUCAUUGCAACCGCCCGAGCCGGCUUUACGGCGUGCCGGUAACGGGUUGCGAGUACCAGUGCAGCCUGAGCACGUACCUAGAUCUGUGCCCGGUGUGCAAGGUAGACUGCGACCGCUUGACCCGGUCACCAAACCCGGCUGCCAUGAGACGUUUCUCGGUACAGUACCGGGCGUACAUUUACUGGACGUGUGGCCCGGAACACGAGGUCGCGUUCAUUGGUGACCCGGAUCGGUACGCCGACGCGGCGCCCGUCACGCCCCUCCCGCAUCCGGUGCCUACCACCGACAGCCUGCUGUCCCUUAACCCGUACUUCCGGUACAAUCUAUCGUCCGAGUAUUGCGUGGUGUGCGCGCUGUCGUGCCUGUGGUACCCUGAGUACAAGCGCGGCCGCCCCGAUCUGAUGGUCACCUACGGUAACCGCGCAUACACGUUCUGUUCGUCCCAGUGCAAGCAGGCGUUUUCGCAGCAGCCCUCCUUGUACGCGGGGUACACGAUGCGCGUCAGUGGCCCCGAACGGUCACUGUCGACGUCUCCGCGGCCCCUGGACCAGGACUACAUCGAUAGCCUACCCGUACCCGGCUACCUGGAACAGACCGUGGCCUCUCACGUCAGUUCGGCGCUGGUCGAGCUGUCAGCCAUCAAGCCCGUGUACCCGGGCCUGACGCCCAACGUCUCUGCCAUGGUGUAUUUAGGUCUGCACAUUGGUAUGAAUGGAAGCUGUGACAAAGACGUGGCCGAGUACUACCACAACGCUUUCAAACGGUUCGUUGACACUUGUCAACGUUUCAAAAUCGAGGCGUUCAAAUUGAAAGCGUUGAUGUGAAUAAAAUUGUAAAUAUCUUAUGCUCACGAUGUGGAUACAUAAAAUUUGUGUUUUAAAAUAAUACUAAUAUAUUGUAGUAAAGAUAUAAAUCAAAAUUAUAAAUUGUAUAAAAAAAGUGUUUUUUAACACUUUAAACAAGGGAUGAUUCAUUACGAAGACUGAUUACUUUAUUAUAAUUCAAUAAUUAUCCAAAUUAAAUGAUGUGCACUUUUUGAAUUUAUAUCGAUAAAAUAACUAAAAUAAUAACAUAAAACAGCUGGUCUUAAUCUUUUAAACCAUACGGACCCUGAAGAAAGACUUUUUAAGACCCCUCCAGGGCUUCCUUCAAAAUUACUUUUAGAAUAAACUCUGAGCGGAGCGAUGCCUUUAUUGAUUUUACAAUGAUGAGUGUGUGUAUUUUUUUCCUGUCUAUCAUCACCUUUUAAGGAACUAAACAUGUUACGAUUUUCUACUUAAGAAUCUUUUCUGAUAAGAAAGUGAAUCAAGUUGGUACUUUGAGGAAUUAAAGGUAAAAAUUCCCAGUAAAAAAAUUAAAAUAAAUGGGAAUUUUUAGGCAAAACUAAUUCCAAUUCCAUUAGAAUAACCUAUUUAAAUUUUGAGUGGAGUGAUUUUUUAGAUUCUGAGCGAAGCGAGGGAACUAGUAAUUUUAAAAUAGUGUUUAUUUUUUUUUAUUUCAUUUUUUUUUUAUCCUGUAUACAAAAUUUCUACCAGAAGGAGUGCUUCGAUUUCAACAUAUAGUAAUUCAUCUUUUAGCAAAUUGGAUCAAGAUGGUACUUAUUAGAGAGGUAAUUUUUCGAUUUUCUCUAUAGUUAUUUAAUGCUACGGGAAAAACCACCGACAAAUUACGAAAAACCACUAAAAAUGGGAUUUAAAUUUCUAACGCUUUGUUUAUCACCAUAGAAACGAAUAAAAAAUUAUAAUAUUAUAAUAUUAAUUCAACUUACAGGAUAUAAUAAAUAAUAACAAUAUAAAACAUCCAGACUGACAAACCGUAUCCGCUCAGAAUCGUUUUUCUUAUAAAAUUAUAUUAUAUCAUUGAAUUCAAGUUUAAUACAAUCCAUUAUACAUUGACCCACUUGUAACCUACUGUACAGCAGAUCGACAUCCACUUACCCGCUUUUUUUUUUUUUUAAAUAUUUUUACAAUAAAUCUCAUAUUAAUUAAGAUAAGAUAUACAAAAUUAGAAAACAAGUUGAGAUAACUCGUAGUUUAAAAUAAAAAUAUACUUUCAAAAUGUAUUUUCAACAAUAAAUUAUUGGAUUAGGUAUUGCACGCAUAUGUAUAUGGCACCGCUGUCCCUCAGCAUGAGUGUCGCGAACCCCGAAGUGGCUACGGUCCACUGUUUAAAAAUCACUAUUAUAAAGGUAUCAAAUAAAAAGAAAUUACGAAAGAAAAUCUACAGUACUUAAUAUUCAAACAAUAUUAUAUUCAACUAUUUAUAAUGUUUAAAAUUAGUUCAUAAAUUGGUUUAGAGUUUUUUUUUUUUUUUUAACACUUAUAUUAUAACAUGGGUAUUAUUUAUGUGAAAGAAAGAAAAGUGAUCGAAGUUAUUUAUCGUAGGCAGUUUUAAAUCAUCGACUUAAUAUUCAUAACACAUCGAAUCAUAAACGCAAGCCCUUAUAAAAUCAAUGGGGCGCUGUAAGUUAUAAGGCCACUUUUUAGUUUGAAGCACGUAAUAUUUGAGUACGAAUUUUAAUAUGACAUGGCACGGGCCAGUUUGCGAUACGGUUUCAAUGGAAUUUAAGUACGUGAUGAAUGUAUUAAUGUUAUUAUUUGAUAGAAUUCAAUUCUGCUCGUAUUAUGGUUGAACGUUUUAAAUGUUUUAUAGAAAUAAUGUCAAAAAAAUAUUAUUACAAUAAUAAUAAUUUAUCUCGUCGUUAAAAAAAAAAAAAUGAAGGGGAUGUGAAAAAAUGUUAAGUACUGCAAUUGACGAGUACUUAUAUGUAAAAGCUUGAACGAGCUUAAUCGGCAACGCUGUUUUUACAACACGCUGCCAAACCAGAUUUCUACCGGAAAUAAAAGAACUAACAAUGGCACUUUGCACUCGGGAACAAAUGACAGCAAUUAUUAUACAGAGCUUGCAGUUUUCGCUCGUUAGACGGUGCAUUUUAAACGUCACGAGACAGACGGUCUCGGGCCGUCGAGAAUAGACCGUUUUCGUGGUGAAAUUCAAUUAAAUUAUAAAAUAAUAAUAAUAUGUCGACUAUAGUAAUAACAACACGCACGCUAAGCGACGGAUACGAUACAAAAUAAUAUGUCUAUCGUACGACUGCGUUCUAUCGCACGUCACGGCGAAUUGAACUGUACCUACAUCAUGAUAAUAUUAUUAUUAUUUAUAUUACUAUAAAACUAUACAGCACAACAUUAUACAUUAUAUUAUUAACAUCGUUAUUUUAAUAUUAUUAUUAUUAUUAUGCAUAAAAUUAGGUCGGCG